AUGAAGGGUGAUGCCAUCGGUUUGCCAAGCAAGUUAAAGCAUCAAAAACCUCCAAAACCGUCUAACAAUCUAACAUUAAAUCAUAUAUCGAAUAUUCAAGUGGAAUGCGAUGAUCUAGCUAAUCUGGAAAUUCAUGAGCAUUUCAAACUUCGUCUAGAAACCUAUAAAAUAUGGGCUCAUUGUAUAGCUAGAAAAAAUUGUCCAGAAAUUCUUAUCGAUGGCUUCAAAUCCGAUGUAAGCAACGAUUUUACGUUGAUGAUUAACUGGUUAGCGAUCACUAAUGAAGAGAGCCGAUCCGUACUGGAAUCUAGUUGUAGUAAUGGUGAUGGUUCGAUGAAACUCGAUGUAGCGUUGGAUCUGUUAUUCCGCAUGGGUGUUCCACAAAAACGAACAAAAGGUGGGCGAUUAAACAUUACUGUUCAAUUCCCCGCAGUUAAGCCUUGA